AUGUCGUCCAAGAGGCACUCCGUCCUCCCGGCCGUUGACCGCAGCGGCCCGAAACCGCCUGUCAACUUUUCUACGUCGCUUACCAUUUCCGAUAAUGCCGUUCUGCAGGGCACACACUCGAUCACGAUGCAGGCAGAGACGGUAGUGCACCCCCGAUCACGCAUCGAGUCCAGCGUCGGCAGCGUUCUUGUUGGGCGACGAUGUAUCAUCCAAGAGCGCGUGCACCUCGGAGCUGCUUCAGAGAACCUGGACAAGGGCAUGGGUGGUGUUAGCCUUGGGGACUACGUGCUCAUCGAAGCGGGCUCAGUUAUCGAGGCUGGAGGCACGGAAAUCGGCGAGGGCAGCAUCAUCCAGGUGGGAAGCAAAAUUGGAAGCGGUGCGAAGAUUGGCAAGAAUUGUACGGUAUCACACUUGUCUGUUAUUGCUAAUGGCGAUGUGCUACCUGACAACACGGUCGUCUAUUCAAAUGGUACACGGCGAACCGACAAGCGCGGAACCCCAGAGCUUCGAAAGCUUAGCAUCGUGAAACAGAUUGCUAUGCUGAGAAAGAUGAUCCCAAGUAACCCAGACAAAUUCCGAUAGACCAUCCAAUACCAUGCUAGAUUAAUGAGUCAUGGCGUCUUCAAAAAGCGCACGUAGCUGGUCCUUUUCAGCUUGCAGCUCAGAGGCAAGGCCGGGGGCGAGCAUCAAUACUCGCGCUUGAGGAAUAGUGCCUUCAACGAGUCCAUCGAUAUGCUCG